AAAAAAGCAAAAUGGUUCAGAAUUACGCAAUGCGUUUACAUCCAAACGCCGUAAAAACCGCGCGAAAAGCCGUCCAUAACGCCGUAUUUAACUGCGUUUUAAGGCGCCCCGACAAGCGCCGCCUUUUGCGCCGCUGUCUGGCCAUAUGACGCCGUAAAAAACGCCGUUUUGGUUGCACAGAGCGCGCGUCUUUUACGGCGUUUUGUCUGUUGUAUAAUGAGCCCCUCCCACUGAUUUCCACAGCCAAUAAGUUUGAACUGCUCUCACCCAAUCACUGAUGAGCAGAGCCAGGAUCUAAUUCACCAUGGCCUUGGUACUAAAUCCUUGUAGUGGCCAUUGACAUUACUAUGUUUUGAUUAGUGGAAUGAAGAUGUUUAUGAAAAUCCUUUUUUCAAGUGAAUUUUAUGUAAACAAUCACUGCAGCCAAUUCCAGCAAAUUUGGCACACACCAACUCAAAAACCCCUAUCUAUAGGUAAAGUCUAUGUUUUUUAUUUAUGUUUAUUUUAUUUUAUUUAUUUGAUUGACAUCGAGAGUUAAGGCCUUAAGACCUGGACGGAUCAAAUAUUUCCCCCGGCAUUUCACCAAGCAUUCACUUGAGACAUAAUUGUGUUUGCGAGACACAUACAUUCUGAUGUGCGCACUUUGGAUGUUUCAGUCAGAGUAAGAUCAUUGUUGUGUCUUAACAUCUUUGAAUAACCCUUAACAUCAAUCAAGUCCCGCACUUUAUUUUCUCUAGUACAGUAUGUUAAUUCCUUUAACGCAAUAGGCAGACUCGCUCUGCUUGAUAUGCAGCUUUUGCAGUAAUAAUGAAUGCACUUUAUUUAGCCUACAAUAAAGCUGUGCGUUAACAUGUAUGAUAUGCUUUUUAAUUAUGUUUUUUAAAACUCUAUUCUUUUUUUAAAUGCGUCAUGCAGAAUCGUUCUCAUCAGCAGGUGCAUCAUAAACAUCGCCUACACUAAAAAAAAUCCGUAAAAACAGGGCACAAUAUACUGUAUUUAUAUGAAGAAAUUUUCCAUAUUCAUUUUUUACAGUUGUUUCACUUGUAUUUUACGUUUUGCACUGAAUUAAAUUACAUUUUAGCAUUAACGGAAAUGUCUGUAAAAUAAAGGAAAAUGUACUGGUAAUUUUCUGCCAGUACUUUAUCUGUUUUAACGGGAUUUUUUUACAGUGUAUGUACAGUGGCAAGAAAAAGUAUGUGAACCAUUUGGAAUUUCAUGGUUUUCUGAAUAAAUCUGUCAUAAAAUGUGAUCUGAUCUUCAUCUAAAAUCUAUCAAAAACGGCGUUCGGAUAUAAACGCGUUUAAUCUAUGGCGUAAUUCUGACACCAUCGGCUUGCCAUACAAAAGAGCAGCGCAGCGCGCCUCGCGUUUUCUAACAUGAAAUCGCGUUCUGUGUGAUCGUACGCUUAAGAGAGCAGGACUUUUACUCGAUCACAUUCUGCUAUUUAUAAACAUCAGAACAUUUUAAUGUAGUUGUGGCGAGGGGAGCGUGGUGUAGCGAGGUAUGCGGCAGGAGAGAGGACCGGGCCCAGACAUGUGUUAAGUUUUAUUUAUGUUUGUGUGGCCGGCAGUCGACCGUGAGGUGGCUGCCGGCCUUUUACUUCCGUGUUAUUGUUUGUUUAUUUUAGAUUAAAGUUUAUUGUUUAAAUGUUCGCCGGUUCCCGCCUCCUUCCUUCCCUACAUUGAACUUUGUUACAUUGGUGCCGAAACCCGGGAAGGAAGAAGGAGGGACACUACCAUCAUGCAGGCAACAUCGGGCACGCCGUUUGCGGACAUCAUCGCGUCUCUCGCGGUCCUCCACCGCGAACAACACCAGGCGCUGCUGGACCUUCGGAAUGACCAUGAGCUCCGCUUCCAGUCCGUCUUCCAGGCCCAGCGAGAGGACCGCGAGAGCUUCCGGAGCUGGAUGGACCAGGGGGUUCGGGCAGAAGCGUCCGCGUCCGCGACAACCGCCGCGUUCCUGCCGCUGUCGAAAAUGGGGCCAGAGGAUGACCCCGAGGCAUUUCUCGACCUGUUCGAGAAGACGGCGGAAACUAGCGGCUGGCCCCCGGAGGACUGGGCGAGGCGACUCCUGCCGUUGCUGUCGGGGGAAGCGCAACUGGCGGCCCGGCCACUGCCCGUCCAGAACCUCCUGGUCUUCGAAGACCUGAAGAGGGCCAUCCUCCAGAGGGUCGGCCGUAGCCCGGAGGAACAUCGGCAGCGAUUCCGGUCACUGGGGCUCGGCGAAAGCGGCCGUCCCUUCGUGAUGGCCCAUCAGCUCCGGGAUUCCUGCCGCAAAUGGCUGCUGGCUGGGAAAGGUGACGUCGAGGACAUCAUCGACCGCGUGGUGCUGGAACAGUUCAUCGCUCGGCUGCCCAAGAGAACGGCCGAGUGGGUCCAGUGCCACCGCCCGACAUCGCUGGACGCAGCCAUCCACCUGGCGGAAGACCAGAUGGUGGUGUGCCCCGGGGUUGGCGAAGCCCUCCCGGUGGUCUCUCUCUCCUCUCCGGAGACUGUUUCUCUCUCCCCCUCUUCUCUCUCUUCUCCCUCUCCACAUCCUGUCCCUGCACCCAGGUCCCGUCCUCCCGGUCCACCACGAGUGCCGCCGCGACGACGAUUCCCACAGACAGUGAGCUAUACGAGCGCGUACCAUGCUCCGCCCCGGGGAUUCCAGGACGGCAAUGGGUCCAACCUCUCUCCGCGCCCUUCCCGUGCUCCACUUCCCGCCACUCGGAUGGCGGAGACGCCUGGGCCGGCCUGUUGGCGCUGCGGGGACCCGGACCAUUGGGUCGAUCAGUGUCCAGUAAUGGAGGUCGGGACGAUGGUCCGGGUUCCCGACACGCCACGGGCUGCCCCCGGUCAGAACGGAGGGUACCAAAUUCCUACUGACGCGUCGGACAGAGGGCUGGGUGCUGUCCUGGCACAGGAGGUGGGGGGUGAGGAGCGGCCAGUGCUGUACAUUAGCCGCAAGCUCUCAAAGAGAGAGACUAAGUACAGCACUAUUGAAAAGGAAUGUUUGGCCAUCAGAUGGGCCGUUCUCACCCUUAGGUACUACCUCCUGGGCCGGGAAUUCACCCUCUGGUCGGACCACGCUCCCCUGCAGUGGCUCCACCGCAUGAAAGAUACCAACGCCAGGAUCACCCGUUGGUAUCUGGCGCUACAGCCUUUUAAGUUCCAGGUGGUCCACAGGCCGGGUGCGCGAAUGGUUGUAGCCGACUUCCUCUCCAGGAAUGGGGGGGGGGGGCUGCAGGCCGGACGGUUCCCCGGCCUGAGUCAGGCGGUGGGGGUAUGUGGCGAGGGGAGCGUGGUGUAGCGAGGUAUGCGGCAGGAGAGAGGACCGGGCCCGGACAUGUGUUAAGUUUUAUUUAUGUUUGUGUGGCCGGCAGUCGACCGUGAGGUGGCUGCCGGCCUUUUACUUCCGUGUUAUUGUUUGUUUAUUUUAGAUUAAAGUUUAUUGUUUAAAUGUUCGCCGGUUCCCGCCUCCUUCCUUCCCUACAUUGAACUUUGUUACAGUAGUAAAUAAAGAAUCAUUUAAACACACAUCUGUCUGGGACGCACAUGACUCUCAGCUGAACACACGUAUGAUUUUGCGCUCUGAGCGCACAAACUUGAAAAAAACUCAACUCUGCGCAGAAAAGCUCUUGACGUUAUGUGCGCUUUUUCCAUUGUCCAAUCGAAUGAGUGGAGAGGCGGGGCUUCCCUUGUGGCAACGGAAGUUUACAGAUGCUCUGAACGCCUGGAGACAUGGAGGAGAAACUUGUUGUGGCUGUUUCGGGUUACCUAGCAACAUAAAAGAGCUGCGCCUCGUUUUCGAACAUGAAAAGCGCGUUCUGUGUGAUCGCACCGUACUUCUGUCUUUUUAUUCAUCAUCUGCAAUUAUUUGUUUGAUCAUUUUCUUUCCAUAAUCAGCAAAAGACAAAACAAAUGAAUGUUUGUAAAGGAACAGGCUUGAUAUUCAACAUGUGCAGAAAAACAAAGAAGCUCUACACAAAAGCGUAAACGCUGAACACAAAUCUCUCACACACGCACACACGUUGUCAGUCUCACUCACUCAAUCUGUAUUUGUGUAGUUAAAACACAGCGAGAGCUGCAGAAGUUUGUGUAAAUGUGACACAAACGCAUGUCAUUGACUAAAAG